AGGAGGUUAGCAUUGGAAGAGCCGAAGAUAGGUUUGUGUUGUACAGUACAGGGGAAAAACCCGCUGUAACUUUUAAUAAAAACAUUUUGACAAAGAAGAUCUGAUGAGUUUGUUCUGUUAAAAUUAUCACUCCCAGCUGUUCACGGAAAUCAUUGAAUAGAUUCAGGACCAGGACACCAACAGUGUUGUUGAGGAUUCCUUCAUUUCAUUAGCCUGCCCUAAUAUGACUCGAUGGGCUUUGUGUCAGAUCAUCAACAUAACCAAAGUAAAAGAUGGUCAUCCCUACAGAAUAUGUGAAAAAUUAAAUGGGACUAAUUAUGAAACAAUAACUUGGCCUGAAGCACAAUACAGUUUGUCCAUUGGGUUGGCCCUAGCAGUCACCUCUAGUCUCCUCAUUGGCUGCAGUUUUAUACUUAAGAAGAAAGGCCUCUUGCGAUUGUCUGAAAAAGGAAUUACCAGAGCUGGUCAAGGAGGACAUGCCUAUCUAAAAGAAUGGCUGUGGUGGGCAGGACUCCUUUCGAUGGGUGCUGGGGAAGCUACUAACUUUGCUGCCUAUGCAUUUGCACCUGCCUCGCUGGUUACACCACUAGGUGUAUUAAGUGUGCUUAUAAGUGCUGUGCUCUCAUCAUAUGUCUUAAAUGAGCGACUGAAUAUUCACGGCAAGUUAGGAUGCAUGCUGAGCAUUGUAGGGUCAACAGUAAUAGUGAUCCAUUCUCCAGAAGAGGAAGGAGUUCAUUCCUUGCAUGAGAUGGAAGAAAAGCUAAAAGGCACAGGGUUCAUCAUAUUUGCCAGCAUAACAAUCAUAGCCUCCCUGGUACUGAUGAUAUUUGUUGCCCCCAAAGUGGGACCAAGUAAUAUACUGAUCUAUAUCUCCAUUUGUUCACUGAUUGGAGCCUUUUCUGUAUCUUCUGUAAAGGGAUUAGGUAUUGCCAUAAAGGAACUGCUUGAAAAGAAACCAGUAGUCAGCAAGCCACUGAGCUGGAUCCUACUCGCCACUUUAAUUAUUUCUGUCAGCACUCAACUCAAUUAUUUAAAUAAAGCUCUCGAUACCUUCAACACCUCAGUAGUGACCCCUGUUUACUAUGUAUUCUUCACCACUGUUGUCUUAACUUGUUCUGUUAUCCUUUUCAAAGAAUGGAGCAAUGUGGAAAUUAAGAAUGUCAUUGGAAUUAUCAGUGGAUUCUGCACCAUAGUCUUAGGCAUCUUUUUACUUCAUGCUUUUAAGGAUGUUCAACUCACCUGGGGACAAUUAACAUCUCUCAUUAAGAAAAGUGAGACAGCAGAAAGAAAUAGAUUUGACCCCGAUGACCACCAUACAUUACUGGACAAUAUAGACAGCCCAUCUGCUAUUUAUGAUGAUGAAAUACAUUUAUUCUUUAACAGAACUGUUGGUUCUAAGGAGUGUUCUAACCUGAGAUAACUAGAAAAACAUGCAUAACUUUCCAAUAAAUGACUGCAUCUAGAACAUUUUGAGCUCUGCAGAAACAUUACAUACCAUCAAUGCAUUCAAAGAAUUCCAAGAUCUUCAAUCUGGUGUAGAAAGGACAGAAUUCUUAUCUGUAUGGUGUUCAGUUAUAGAUUUUACAAUCUAUUGCUUAUAAUUCAAUAAUUUUUGCAUUAAAGUGGGUUAACCAAUAAUCCUAAUUAAUCAAAGCAAUGCAAAUAACAACAUGUUAAAAGAUAUAACUUGAGUUAAGCAUUUUUGACUUAUAAGUAGAAAACUCAUUUCAAUUUGAUGCAUUUAUAUCAAGGUUCACAUGAGAACUGGUUUGAAAUGUAAGUAUUCUGUCUUUGGAUAAUGAGAUUCUUAUGUUUGAUGUUAUACAUAAUCAAAAUGGUUCAUGCCAGUAUAAAGAUUAAAAUCUGGGCUGCAACUCUUGAGAUAGUUGUAGUGUAAAGUAUAGUGCAUAUGGCUUUUUAAAAUAUUGUGACAGCACUUUUUUUAUAAAUUAAAUUAUUGUAUACAAUGGUUAAUAUAACUUGGCAUUUGAAAUUAAUGCUUAUAAGUAAAUUAAGUUCUACAGAGAGAGCACUGUACUCCUCCGAGCGGAUUAUAUUGAAUGGCUAUGUAUUGAGUCUGCAUAUAACUUCAUAAAUUUUUAUAAAUAAAGGUUUGCUCUGGUAUUUGAGAUACAAA